GCGGCGGCCGCGCGGGGUCGGAGGAGACCGCGCCCGGGGACGCGCCGAGCGGGGGCGAGCUGGGUGGGGAGGUGGAUCCGGAGGAAAACGCAGGUCCGGCUGCGAGCUUGCGGUGCUGCCCCGCCGCGGGCGCGGGCACCCGAGGGCGGUGACGUUUGCCGAGGGACGCUGGCGGAUGCCCGCGUGCACGGUGAAUGGAUCGCUCUCCAGGCGACUUUUGUUGGAAUCACCUCACACUAAUUAAUGCAAGAUGUAGUAUAGAAACGGAGGGUGUAGGAAAGGUAUAUGGGAAACCUUUGUGUUUCCUGUUAAAAUUUCUCAUAGCACAAAACUACUCGAAGAAUAAUUUGGUUAAUUGAAAGAACCUCCAGGGAUGAGGAGUAAUGCUAAAGUGUAUGUAGACUGAGAACCCAAUUAGUUUUAAACAUACUCUGCACAAUUGGGUUUUAAUGUAAAAAGCCACAUAUCAGAAUGUAUUUUAGAAGACAAUUCAUUGUGUGAGGCCUCCAGGAAGAAAUUGGGAAUAAAUGCUAUAGUAUGUGGUAUCGCAUGAUGGUGGGCGUGCAGAGCACCAAAGAUGCAGUCUGUAGUGGUGAAAAGUAGGCCAAGAGACAUUUCUGUUAAUUUGGACGAUUUGUAGUUAGUAUUAGGAGCUCACGAAGUUCCAGGAAUUUUUCUUUUUGGAGUCUUAAAGCUGGAUUCUGGACUUUUCCUGGAAUGGCCCUGUGGAUGGUUCAGCCAGAGUGGGAAAGAGAGCAUUGUGCUACAACAGACUUGGAAUCAAGAAAUCUUGGUCUUCUGUGGCUUCUGCUGACCUAAUUAUUGUUGUAAUCUUUGAGCCGUCACUUCUGUCCCUCAGCAUCAGUUUUCUCAGUUAUAAAACAAAGAGGGUUGGACUCAAAACUCUGUUCCUGGCUUCUAAUUAUGGCCCUACUGACAAAGCAUCUUGUUACAGUUCAUGGUGGAGUAGUUUGUAAAACUGUGGAGCUAAAAUCUGUUCUGCUGACUUCUGCUGUUGCUUCUAGAACAGCUUCUGUGUUAUCCUUAGUUUUUCUGCAUGUGAAGUUGUGACUCGUUUUCCAGUGCCACCUAUUGUGUUGCUGUUUUGCAUGUUCCGUCGUUUGCUAGUGACUCUUGGUGUGUUGUCCCUCCUGCCCAGAGCUGGAGACAAGAGUAGGUGGAGUGUGGGGUGCUCUGCCUAGUGCAGAAUAUGGGACACAACUCCCUCUAGUGCUGUACUUACACGGUUGCUAUUGGAUUCUAAAUAUUUGAAAAGGUUUAUUUUGUUAGUUUUGGGUCCUUGUACUGGCUUUUCAAGAUCUUACUGAAUUCCACUGUGUUCAUUGGAUCAUGAUAUACUAAAGAGAGUCUGGAGAGACAGCAAAGGUCUGUUUUGUCCUUGGUCAGAUGCUGGUCAUUGACCUGAUCUUGGGCAAGUCAUUUAAUAUCAGACUUGAGUUUCCUCAACUCUUAAGUUGAAAUUUUAAAGUAGAUGCUUCCAUAGAUGGGUGCUCAGGUCACUUCUGAUUUCAAAGUCUUUGAGUUUAAGAUUGGAUCCUCAACCUUCAUAAGACAGUGUUGGGAUUGAGCAUAUGUUUUCUGAGCACACACUGUUUCAAGGAUGUACAAAGGUUUCAGAGGUGAGUAACUGGAUAGUCUUGAAUCAGGCUGAAGUGCCCCAGGGUGACUUCUACCCUGGAAGUAGCUUAUAGCUGGGUAUAGGGAGAUUGGGGGAUUGGGAAAUUAGCCAUUGUCUAAAAAGGUGAAGAGUUUGAGGGAUGAAAAGAUUUGCCUGAUGGGUAGGUAGCAAGACAGAAUGUAAAGGGCAGGAAGUGUGUGUUUAAAGAUUGAGAUUGAGAAGAGCUGGGGAGUUAUAUGUGGUCAGUACUUUUGAAAAUGCAUUCUGGUUGGGAGCUUUCUGUGCUGUGUUCAGAUUUUAUACUGCAGGUGUUUGGCAGACAGGGAUUGUGAGCAGGCAAGUUACAUUAGACUUGUAGGGUUUGGAGUCGUCUGUGGUAGCAGGGUGAUGAAUGGGGGAGCAUGGACAGGUGUCAAAGAGUGUUGAGCCAUAGGGGAGACAGGAAGGAGUAGGUGGACACACAGGCAGUGACCUUCUGUGCAUAGCCAGUGUAUCCCAUUCUGUUCUUGUCAGCAUACUCAGCAGAUCAGGAAACUUUCUUGUUGAAAUGAACACGGGGAGAAAAAAGGCCAGAGCAGUCACUGGGGCAGGUCUGCCCUUCCUCCCGUGGGUCAGAACACCACCAUCACGCCUCCUGCCAGUCCUCUUCCUUUUUUCCUGUUGGGUCCUGUUGAUUGUGUUGUUUCUCCUGCUGCACAUGAACAACGUUGAUCAGCAGAACAUCAGCUCCUUAUGAUCUGCACCAGCAGGCGUGAGUGCUGUCAGAGAGUAAAAGUGUGGGUCAUGUACCCAGACGGUCUAAGCUGAUGUCAGAUUCAGCUUCUCAUCUUUGCCCUACUGAGGCAGUUUUCUGUGUGUUAGAAAGCCAUGUAGACCACCUGCCCUUUGAAGGCCACUUCCUAGGUGUCCUGUAAGACAGCUGUGUUGAAAGUUUUUAAAGAACAUAGUCCAACAGAAAGAAGAUGGAAGUUUUCCAGGAACUUCGGAAACCAUCUGUACGUUUGGAAUGUGACCACUGCAGUUUCAGAGGCACUGAUUAUGAAAAUGUGCAGAUCCACAUGGGCACUAUCCACCCAGAAUUCUGUGAUGAAAUGGAUGCUGGGGGAUUAGGUAAGAUGAUCUUUUACCAGAAAAGUGCAAAGCUCUUUCAUUGCCAUAAGUGCUUCUUCACCAGCAAAAUGUACUCCAAUGUGUACUAUCACAUCACAUCCAAACAUGCGGCCCCAGAGAAAUGGAAUGAUAAACCAAGAAGUCAGUUGAACAAAGAAACAGAUCCUUUGAGAAUACCCCUUCUUCCUGAAAACCAGAAAACGCCGACUAAUUCAGCAGAACUGAAACCCGGGACUUCCCUCUCAAUAGAAACACAGAAACUAGGUCCAGUUCUGUCUCCAGAGUCUCCGGAACCUGCUCCUCUUGCUCCCUUGGAGCUUCAGAAACCUGGCCCUUCUGUUCCUCCUGAGCAGGCAACUUCUCCUCCUCCAGACCCUUCGAAACCUGCUCCUGUUUCUUCUCCUGAGCUUCCAAAAUCAUCCCCUGUUGUAUCUGAGUUGCAGAAGCCUGUCCCUGUCCCCUCUCCAGAACCACAGAAACCUGUCACUCUAUCUCCUGAGCCAGUAAAGGCUGCUCUUGCUAACCCUAAGCCUCAGAAGCACUCUCACUUUGCAGACACAGGGGGACCACCUUCAGCCUCAUCUCCAGAGUCACCGGUUCUGGCUGCUUCCCCCGAGCCUUGGGGGCCGUCCCCAACUGCGUCCCCAGAAUCUCGGAAGACCACCCGGACUGCCUCCCCAGAGCCAAAGAAGCCAUCCCCGUCAGAGUCUCCUGAACUUUGGAAGCCAUUCCCUGCUGUCUCCCCAGAGCCCCGAAGACCAGCCCCAGCUGUGUCGCCAGGCUCCUGGAAGCCAGGGCCACCCGGAUCCCCAAGGCCUUGGAAGUCCAGUCCUUCGGCAUCUUCAGGACCUUGGAAGCCAACUAAACCUGCGCCAUCUGUGUCUCCUGGACCGUGGAAACCAAUUCCUUCCAUAUCACCUGGACCUUGGAAACCAGCUUCGUCUGUGUCCCCUGCGUCCUGGAAGUCGUCUCCAGUCUCAUCUGGCUCCUGGAAAACUCCCCCAACAUCUCCAGAGUCAUGGAAGUCUGGACCACCAGAGCUCCGGAAGUCAUCCCCUGCCUUGUCACCUGAGCACUGGAAAGCAGUUCCCCCAGUGUCUCCUGAGCUUCGUAGACCAGGCCCACCGCUCUCCCCAGAGAUCCGUAGCCCAGCAGGCUCUCCAGAGCUCAGGAAACCCUCAGGGUCACCAGACCUUUGGAAGCUUUCUUCUGACCAGCGGAAAACUUCUCCUGCUUCACUUGAUUUUUCGGAGUCCCAAAAAAGUUCCCGUGGUGGUUCUCCUGAUCUCUGGAAGUCUUCCUUUGUAAUGGAAACUCAGAAGCCCACUGUCUUCCCUGAGACCCGGAAGCCAGGUCCUUCUGGGCCAUCUGAGUCCCCAAGAGCAGCUUCGGAUAUUUGGAAGCCUGUCCUUUCUAUUGAUGCUGAGUCUCGAAAGUCUGCACUGUUUCCUGAGUGCACCAGAGCAGCUCCUCCUGCCUCUCCUGAGCCACGGAAACGUGUUCUUUUCCCAGAGCCCCGGAAGCAUGCCCUGUUCCCUGAACUGUCCAAGUCUGUUGUGUUCUCAGAAGCUCAGAAAGCAGCAGAGCUUGGCGAUGAACUACAGGUAGAUGCCACAGAGGACCAAAAUCUUUUGGUUCAGGAAGAGCUUCUGGCCACUCCUAAGAAACUCUUGGAAGAUGCCCUGUUCCCUUCCUCCAAGAAGCUCAAGAAGGACAGCCAGGAGGGCUCAGAUGCUGAGCUGAGCAGCAGCGAAUUCCUCAGAACAGACCUGGAUGCCAUAGACAUGAAGGGCCAGGAGUCAAGCAGUGAUCAAGAGCAGGUGGAUGUGGAAUCUAUUGAUUUUGGUAAAGAGAACAAAAUGGACAUGACAAGUCCAGAGCAAUCCAGAAACGUGCUACAGUUCACUGAAGAAAAAGAAGCAUUCAUCUCAGAAGAGGAGAUUGCAAAAUACAUGAAGCGUGGGAAGGGGAAGUAUUACUGCAAGAUCUGUUGCUGUCGCGCUAUGAAGAAAGGUGCUGUUUUGCAUCAUUUAGUUAAUAAGCACAAUGUCCACAGUCCUUACAAGUGCACAAUUUGUGGAAAGGCCUUUCUUUUGGAAUCUCUCCUUAAGAAUCACGUAGCAGCUCACGGGCAAAGUUUACUUAAAUGUCCACGUUGUAAUUUUGAAUCAAAUUUCCCAAGGGGCUUUAAGAAACACCUAACUCAUUGUCAAAGCAGGCAUAAUGAAGAAGCAAAUAAAAAGCUGAUGGAAGCUCUUGAGUCCCCCUUGGAGGAACCACAGAUUUGAUUUUUGAGCAGUUGUGAACACUUGCUGUACAGCGCUGUCUGUGGAGACUGUAGCUUGUUUUGUAGCCUGGUUGGGCCAGUAGAUGGUAAUGUGUAGCAUGUACUGUGUGUGAUCGUCUCACUAGUGUUGAAAGGAUAAGUACUUGGUCUUUUUCCCACUGUUAUGUGGCUGUCUUGUAAAUCAACUUUCUACUGUAUAUUUUAGAUGGAUAAACUUCUCAUUUAAGUAUAUUCAAAUAGUAACAGAGAAGUAGGCAUUAUAUGUAGUAAACAAGCAAGUUCUGAACUCCAGUUAAAAUGUGUUUGUAUGUGAAACCCAGUUUCAGACAAUAGAGGUUAUUAGGUGGAGGGCUGGGGUACAGGUUAGUGGUAGAACACUUGCCUAGCCUGUGCCAGGCUCUGGGUUCAGUCCCCAGCACCCACAAAAAAUUAUUAUAUGGAAUGUUUAAGAAUAGGCAUGAAAAGUAAAUUUGAGAAAAAUUUUGUUCCCCUGAAUGUAUUUUAAAAUCAUAAGAGUUAUUUUCUAUUUGAUUAUGUAAAAUUAUUUUAUAAAUCUUGAACAGUUUUUAGAUGCUCAUAGCUUUUAUGUCACGGAAAGCUGAGUCUCAGGGUUGCUGAUUUUCUGCUGACAGGGAAGGUUGAGGAAGUCUUUGAAGUAGUCCUGCAGGGGCUGCGGGGAAGGCCUGUGAGGGGGCUCUUCUUAUUCUUGGUUAUUCUAGCAGUCUUCCAUCUGCUGUCCUGCGCUCACUUUCCUGUCAGCCCACACUAUUGGAUUACUAGGUGAUCUCAGAUGAGCUUUUUUCCCCUCUUUUCUGCGGUGCUGGUGAUGAAACCCAGGACCUCACACACACUAGGCCAGUGCUGUACUACUGAGCCGUACGUACCCCAACCCACAGCUGAUCCUUAACUGUCAUGUGUUAGUGUUCCCUACCUCAUACUGCUGGGCCUCUCUCCCCCUGUUGGGUUUAAGACCAGAGUAGUGGGUAGGAGUUGAAAGUCUUCCAGGUUCACAGUAAGAGCUUUUGUAAAUAGACGUUUCUGUUAAAGAGAUAUAUCAGUUUUGUUUUCCACAGUUAUGUUACUGUAAAUACCUUGUACCUGUUGAGGAUUAUUUUAUUCUAAAAUAUUUUGUCAAAUGUGUAUCAACCAAAUUAAAAAGACUUUCAUGUCA